AUGUGGAAUCAGUCUGAAUCAUCAUCUGGAAGUGAUGCGGACUCAGAUGAGAAGUCAGAUGAGCCGAUGAGAAAAACUAAGGUUAUUGAAGAAGGUGUCAGUUCCGGAUCUGGGUCAAGUGAAGAGAAGGAAGAAGAAGACAGUGAUUACGAGAACGAGGCAAAAGCAGAGAAGUCUCCGGACAGUACGUCAGAACAAAGUGAUGACAGUGAAGAGUCCAGUGGAGAUUCCUCAAACUCAGAAGCAGAUGAACCAGCUCCGAAGAAGAAAGUCAAUAAUAGUCGGGGGAUGGAUGCGGAGACCAGAAAGCUACUCGAAGAAGAAAACUAUUUUCGCCGCUCACAACGUUCGAAACGUACGGAGGAGUCGGUUAGUGAAAAGUCGGGGGAAUCUGAAUCUUCGGACGACGACGAAUGGGAUGAUGGUGGUAGAAAAAAGAAGUCGUCAAGGCGGAGUGCUGUUAAGAAAACCGUUGUGAAGAAAGUUGUCCAAUCAGUGAUUAAAAGGAAAUCAGUGAAGGGAAAUGUCAGUUACGUUGAGAAGAAUUCAGAUGAGGAUGUAAGUAUUGACGACGACGACGUCCUGGAAUGGGAUGAAGGACCAGCAGUACCCGUCGAGGGACCAGCGGUGUUAACCGAAACCGUCGAACGUGUUAUCAAAUGGAGGAUCGGAGUUCCUGGAGCAACUGGAUCCGGUACAACUUGUUACAACGUGGCGGAGAAGGGAGAUCCUAAUGAGCAGCCAGUUGAGAAGACUGAAAAGCAGUUCUUUGUGAAAUGGACAGGAUGGAGUCAUCUACAUAACACAUGGGAAUCCGAGAACUCGUUGACGAUAAUGCAUGCAAAAGGAAUAAAGAAAGUUCAGAAUUAUGUGAAGAAGCAAAAAGAAGUGGAGAUGUGGAAACGGUCGGCUGACAAAGAGUACAUUGAAUUCUACGAAUGUGAGCAACAAAUGGCUGAGGAACUCUGUGAAGAAUACAAAAAGGUGGAACGGGUGGUGGCACAUCAGACUUCCCGGGACCGUGCUCCAGAUGGAUCAUUUGCUACGGAAUUUCUGAUCAAGUGGUCCGGAUUACCAUAUGCGGAUUGUACGUGGGAAGAUGAGAAGAUGGUUGCGCCCGAUCAAAUACAAGGUUACUAUCAUCGGGUCGAAAAUCUGAAACCACCUAAUAAAAAUGCUACGGUGCUCCGGAAGCGUCCGAAAUUCGAAAAACUCGAGUCCCAACCAGAUUACCUGAAAACCAAUGGAGACCACAAACUUCGUGACUAUCAACUCGAAGGUCUCAACUGGAUGAUAUAUGCUUGGUGCAAAGGAAACAGUUCAAUUUUGGCCGACGAGAUGGGAUUGGGAAAAACGAUCCAAUCGAUUUCGCUUCUUGCUUCUCUUUUCCAUCGUUACGACCUUGCUGGGCCCUAUCUUGUAGUCGUCCCACUUUCCACUAUGGCUGCAUGGCAGAAGGAGUUUGCUCAAUGGGCUCCAGAUAUCAAUCUGAUUAUUUACAUGGGUGAUGUGGUGUCCAGAGACAUGAUUCGGCAAUACGAAUGGUUCGUUGGAGGAACCAAGAAAAUGAAAGUCAAUGCGAUUCUAACAACUUAUGAGAUUCUUCUCAAAGACAAAGCCUUCCUAUCAUCUGUCGAUUGGGCAGCACUUCUUGUCGACGAAGCUCAUCGCCUGAAAAAUGACGAAUCUCUUCUCUACAAGUGCUUGAUUCAGUUCCGAUUCAAUCACAAACUCCUCAUCACUGGAACACCACUUCAGAAUUCUCUCAAAGAGCUGUGGGCGCUCCUCCACUUCAUUAUGCCUGAAAAGUUUGAUUGCUGGGAGGAAUUCGAGACGGCUCACAAUGAAUCAAAUCAUAAAGGAAUCUCGGCGCUUCACAAGAAACUCGAACCGUUCUUGUUGAGACGUGUCAAGAAAGAUGUGGAGAAGUCGUUGCCGCCGAAGACAGAACAGAUUCUGAGAGUGGACAUGACCGCUCAUCAGAAGCAGUUUUACAAGUGGAUUCUGACAAAGAACUAUCGGGAAUUGUCGAAAGGAGUCAAAGGAUCAAUCAAUGGAUUUGUGAAUUUGGUGAUGGAAUUGAAGAAGUGUUGUAAUCAUGCUUCCCUGACGAGACAGUACGAUUACAUCUAUGACGAUGCCCAAGGAAGACUGCAACAACUUCUGAAGUCAUCUGGAAAACUGAUCCUUCUUGACAAACUUCUGUGUCGGCUGAGAGACAAAGGACAUCGAGUGUUGAUCUUCUCUCAAAUGGUCAUGAUGCUCGACAUCCUUCAAGAAUACCUCCAGCUUCGAAGGUUCCCCUCACAACGAUUGGAUGGAUCCAUGAGAGCUGAUUUGAGGAAGCAGGCAUUGGAUCAUUACAAUGCACCCGGAUCCACGGAUUUUGCAUUCCUCCUAUCGACGAGGGCAGGAGGAUUGGGAAUCAAUUUGGCUACUGCUGACACUGUGAUCAUUUUCGAUUCUGACUGGAAUCCUCAGAACGAUCUGCAAGCAAUGUCUCGUGCCCAUCGUAUUGGUCAGACCAAAACUGUCAACAUCUACCGUCUCGUCACGAAAGGAUCCGUUGAAGAGGAAAUUGUGGAAAGAGCCAAAAGGAAACUGGUUCUGGAUCAUUUGGUGAUUCAACGAAUGGACACUACUGGAAAAACAGUUCUCUCCAAAAACGCAACUGCUAGUGGAAGCGUUCCUUUCGACAAACAAGAGCUCAGCGCGAUUUUGAAGUUUGGUGCUGUCGAACUGUUCAAGGAAAAAGAAGGAGAAGAGCAGGAGCCGGAAGUCGACAUUGACCGAAUCCUGAUGGGAGCUGAAACACGCGAAGCUGAGGAAGAGGUUCUGAAAGAAAAUGAACUUUUGAGUUCUUUCAAAUACGCCAACUUUGCUAUUGAUGAGGAGAAAGACAUCGCGGCUGCGACAGAUGAAUGGGCAGCGAUUAUUCCAGAAGAGGAUAGGAAUCGGAUUCUGGAAGAGGAGAGGAUGAAGGAGCUGGCUGAGAUGAAUUUGGCGCCACGACAGAGGAAGCAACCGAUGCCCCAGGUGGUGGAAGAUGGUGAAGAUGGAGAUGAUGACGAUGAUGAAGAGGACGGUGGGAAAAAGAAGUCAAAGAAGAAGAUUGGAAGUUUCACUGUGGCUGAAAUCAAACGAUUCAUUCGCGCAUUCCGGAAGUUUUCAAUGCCUCUUGAAAGACUCGAGGAAAUCGCUCAAGACGCGGAACUCGAAGAACACAGCACUGAGGAGGUAAUGAAGCUCGUUGAGAGUUUGACUGAGGCGUGCAAAAAGGCGGCCGAUGAGUUCGAUAGUGCAGAGAAGAAUGGAAGAGCUGCGAGUAGUUCAGCAGAAGGAGCUGACAAGAAAGAAAAGGAUGCCGAUCGCAAAUUCAAAUUCCAAACCUGCGAUGUCAACUUGAAGCAGAUCGAACGGAGUCAUGCGGAACUCAAACCUCUUCACGAAGCUCUCAAAUCCGUGGACAAGAAGACGUCAUUCAAACCACCGAUGAACGCGAAACCACAAAAAGGAUGGGAUGUUGAAUGGAAGUGGGACGAUGAUGGUGCACUUCUCUGGGGUGUCUGGAAGUACGGAUACGGUAGCUGGGAAGCGAUAAAAAUGGAUCCAUCACUUGGCUUGGCUGACAAGAUUUUCAUCAAGGAUAAAACCAAAAAGCCACAAGGAAAGAAUUUGCAAGUUCGAGUGGAUUACUUGUUGAAGUUGAUGGCCAAAGAUAAGAAGAAGGGUCCAGAGAAGAAGGAUAGGAAGCGAAAAGCCGAUGACACACCUUCAGGGGCACCAGAUAAGAAGAAGAAACAUACCAACAACGUGGCACCAGAUGCAGAUCACAAAAAGAAGGAGAAGAAGGAAAAGAGUGAGGAUAAAAGCAGAAGUAGUCUCAAAGACCAGCUUUCUGUUCUCACGAUUGACAAGUCUCUUUAUGGAGGUGUUCUCGAGGAUAGCAGUGCAAAACCAUUCCUAGAAUGCGUGAAACUGUGUAUGCCCGUUCACAAGUACAUGAAGAAGCUGAAAGAGGCUCAAGAAACGAAAAAUAAGGAAGAUGAAACCAAGUACCUUACUCGACUAGGUGACUCGUUCCUGGCUAAUCUGGAGACGUUGUUGAAGAAGAAGCCAAAGACGAAUAUCCGAAAGUGGUACAACUAUUUGUGGAUAUUCCUGUCCAAGUUCACUCUGAGAGAGCCUGGAGAGAUGGCUGAUAGAUACAGACAAAUCACUUCGGAUAAGCAUAAAAAUCAUCACCAUCAUCACCAUCAUCAUAAGAGUAAGGAAGAGAAGCAGCCAAAGGAAUCUAAAGAGAAGAACCAUCGACCAGAGAAAAGAAAAGACCAUAGAGAAGGAACGAGCAGGGAUCAUCACAGAGAUCACCAAAAGGAAAAACACCGCAAGCACUAG